AAUCCAGGGCACAGACCUUCAUAUGGAAAGUGCAAUUUUAUAUGGGAAGCUGGAAGAACAUGAGAAGGCUUUGCAUAUCCUUGUCCAUGAGUUGAAGGACUUCCAUGCUGCUGAGGAUUACUGUGUGUGGAACUCUGAGAACAGAGACGUGCAGUACAGGCAGAGGCUUUUCCAUCUGCUGCUGUCAGUGUAUUUAACCGCAGGCACUUCGGAUUGCGCGCUCGUCAUGGCUGCUGUGGAUCUCUUGAAUAACCACCCUGCGGAAUUUGAUGCAGGUCUAGUUCUGCAGGUGGUGCCUGACAGCUGGUCAGUGCAGCUCCUCUCCCCAUUCCUGGCUGGAGCAGUGAGACAAAGCAUUCACACAAGAAGAAUGACUCAGGUGGCACUUGGCUUAGCACAAGCUGAAAACUUAAUCUACAAGCACGAGAAGGUUAAACAGAAAGGAGCCCCGAUUCUUCUUUCAGACAAAAAGGUGUGUCAGGUGUGCCAAAAUCCUUUCUGCGAGCCUGUGUUUGUAAGAUUCCCGAAUGGGAGUAUGGCCCACACGCACUGUGCUGCAAACAGACAUCUCAAUUCCAAUGUGACUCAUCACUCUCCCAGCUCCAGCAAUCAGACUUGAAAUAUUCUCACAGCUCCCAUGACUUAUACCCCAUUGAAAGUGGGCUGGAAAGAAAAAAGUGCAGCUACUUUAAGUAUAAAUCAAGAUGGACAGCUAGUUUUUGGGUUAAUGGGAAGACUUCCAGUAAAUAUGAAAUACUGCUACUUAUCUUUUUGAUUUCUAAUGAAUGUAGAUAGAAAAGAAAAUUCACUACCAGACAUGGAGAGGUGCAAAUAUGGGCUCUUCUGUGAACAGGAGUAAACACUUAAGAGAAAAGGAGCCUUUUCGUCACAGUGAGGAUGAAUGUUACAGAGUCAAGGCAAACAGUUAUUUUAAGAAUUGUCACUUUGCACUGACUGUGGUGUUGAUGAAUUUGUGGAGGGGAAGAUGGCAUCUAUUGAGUUGGAAUUCUUGAAGAGUGAUGGGACAAGAUUGGCAUUGUGCAGCUUACUAUGAAGGCAGAUGUGCAUCCAUUUUAGUGCUUGCUGCAGCAUGUGUUCUUUUGGGCUGGAUAAUCCUCCCCAGGAUCACAUUAUCAACUUCAAUUGUUUUGCUCUACAAAAUGUUGGCUUUUGAUGCACUUUUUAGUACAUCCCUUCGAUCCACUUGCUAUAUGGAAUUUAAAUGUAAGCACUGCUCUGUUAGGUUUCUGCUCCUGCAGUUACUGUAAUGUACUGAGUGGAAACCAAUAGCCUCAAUCACACAGGUGAGCUUGGAAGAAAAAAAAAAUUGUCUGGUCAGACUGUAGUCACUUUUUUAUGGGGGAAGAGGCCCUGACUUUAAUACUGAUUUAUUUAUUAAUAUGCAAAUAUGCUGUACAUACAGUUGAAUAAAUUGAUCUUAUCUAGCAUUUCUUUGGAGGAUUAAGAUGUAGCUGAUACAUAAGUGUACAGAUUAUGUGCUAAGUGUUUGCUAUAACAUAACUUAGGCAGGUUGGAACUCCACAAAAAUAGGUUUUAGUGCUUAUGGAUGACUUUGUGCAAUCAAAACCACAGAGAGAAGGUAUAAAAUUAUAAGAAAUAUAUAAAAGUGCACUACAGGGGUACUGGGUUUUUUAUAUUCUACUAAAUAUUCUGUAAACUAAAAUUUUUCAAAUAACACAAACCCCUUACUUAACUGCCCUCAUAUGUAUUCACAUUGCUAUUUAGCUAUUUUAAAGUAGUUGAUUUAAAAGAUGCAGCUUCCCCCAGGAGAGGUUAAAAUGACGACUUUAAAUAAAAGUUAAGUACUGCAAAAUGGAAGCAUCUCUUUUAAUUCUUUAAAGCUCUAAUAAACACCAGGCUUACUGACCAGCAUGCAGUUGAGUUGAUAUGGCUGCUCCCUGUUUCAGAAUUACAAAUCAGUGGAGACUUUCAGCAAAAUGGCAUGUCUGCUUGGUCCUUUCUAGAAUCACAGAAUAAGCUGGAUUGGAAGGGAUUCACUGGGAUCGUUGAGUCCAGGUCCUGGCCCCACACAGGACACCCCAGAGUCACACCAUGUGCCUCCAUGUUGUCCAGAUGCAGCCUCCUUGUACAGAAAGGCUGGCUAAAGAAGCUGCCUUCUAGUACAGUGCUGCCUCCAAGAAGAGGCAGCAAGACCUCAUCCAGGGGAAAAGGAUAUCCCUCACUUUCUCACAGAAACAUGCCAUGAUUUGGGGUGAAAGGGACCUUAAAGAUCUUCUACUCCAAACCACCUGCCACAAGCAGGCGUACCUUCCACUAAACCACGUUCUUUAAAGCCUCAUCCAGCCUGGCCUUGAACACUUCCAAGGAUGGGUUGUCCACAGCUUCCCUGAGCAACCUCUGCCUGUGCCUCACCACCCUCACAGUAAAGAAUUUCUUCCUGAUAUCUGCUCUAAACUUGCCCUCAUUCGGCUCAAGGCCAUUCCCCUUUGCAUCUGUACAGAGUCUCUCUUCAGCUCCCUUGCAGCCUCCCUUCAGGUUCUGGAAGGUGCUAGGAGGUCUUCCAAGAGUUUCUCUCCAGGCUGAACAGCCCCAGCUCUCUCAGCCUGCCUUCAUAGGAGAGGGUCCCAGCCUGUACUUGAGGUGUGGAGUACUUUGCUUUAAAGCAAAAGACCUUUGAAUCUUUCUCCUUCCUGAUUUUGAAAUCAGGAAGGUGUAACUGUUGUGUUGAAUUUUAUUUAUUUUCGAAAGCCCAAGUAAAGAUUUUGUAGUGCUUUGUACUAAAACAUGUAAGCCACAUUUAGUGAGAGGCACUUCAAAAGAAGUCAAGUGUGGGCAUUUCUGACUCAAUUCUGGCAUAAGUAGUUCUGCUGGCACUGGUAUAAGCAGAUUAUCUUGUAGUCAUGGGUUUUGAACACUGUGUAUGCAACUGGCAGUAAUUGUAUAGAAAAAUUUGUAGUCCCCUGUCCUCAAGAUACUUGCUGGUAAGAGUGGAAGUGAUUUUUACAAAGACCCUAUAAACCUUUUGUGUACACUAGCAUGCAUUUCUUAAAAAAUACUUUUUUUUUUCCCUGCCAGCAUCCUAAGUAUGGUUUUGUUUCUAUUUAGGAAGGAAGUACUAAAACAAGGACCCCUCAUGAUUUAGAGUCAUUUUAGCCACUUAGUAGUGACGAACUACUGCUGCAAUGGAAUAAAGAUCAUAUCAUUCCAGACCUCAGGAAAGUUCUUCCUCACUAUUGUAUGAAAUAGUAUGUCUAUAAAAGAUUAAACAAUUCUUUAUUAAUAGUCAAUGUCUUUUUGCAGAUACAUACUUUGGCUAAAAUGCAGCAAAACCAUACAGAACAAUUCAGAAAUCAGAACAAUGCAAGCCAGAUUUUUACAAUCAAGUGUGAUUAAUAUUUAAGUUGGGGGCAUCUAGUUCUUUUAAGCCCAGUCCCUCCAAAAUGUGGACUGGAAAAAUUGAUGUUGGGUUCAUAUGUUACCUGUUGCUUUGCUAAGUUUUAUACUAGAGCUCAUUUGAAUGAAUUAACGUGGAAAUCCCACAGUAACUAAAGGAAAAAGCAAAGAAAGCCAAUGUGAGGCUGAGGCAGAGCAAGAGCUCAGCAGGGAGAUGGCAGGUGGAUGAUGUUCUUCCUGUGUGUGCCCAGCACGUGAGCAACUGGGAUAAUUCUCAACCAGAGGAGAUGUCAGCCCACAUCAGAGUCAUGUGUGGUGUUCUGUGCUUUGUGACCAGGAAAUGGGUGAAAGGUCUGCAUUCAGAUUUAGUUAGGUGGGACAACUGAACACCCCCUGUGUAAGAGAGCUUCACUCUGGAGAACCUGAGUUCAUUCCUUCUUUUGUUUUGGCACUGUGAGUUUGCUGAUUUUUGGUUUAUGCUCCUGAAAUCCUGGGCCAGCGUUGCUACUGUGGUAAGUUAUGGCUGCAGCAGCACAGAGGGAGUGAAUGGGGAGGGAACCAGAUUCGGGUAUUGAUUGCUGACUGCAUAUGUGAAGGAGGAGAGGAAGAAAAGAGGAGUAUUUAUCUGACCAUUCUUCUAGUUUGGAAA